ACAGUUGAACACCGCCUGUCACCACGCACAUCAGACAGAACAGCCAGCCCCGUGAGGACGUCAUAGCGUUUGCUGUGAUGGGAGUUAGGCUGGGACAUUUCGCUCAAUAUGUGGCUGUUGUUUUCUACGCACGGUAAUGUAGACAUACGUUCCAGCAGUGAACAUAGUUAAUUUAGUAUACCGAAUAUCUCAAGACAUGGCUGUUGUCAAACUGUGUCAGCCUUUUACAACAUAACAAUGACAUUUCAUCCUGAGCAUGUCAUUCAUAAUUAGACAAAGAAUAAGCAGGUGUAUGUUGUGCUUGGUAUUCAUACACAUGUUCUCCAAGUAUCAGCACAGCUAUAACGUUCUGGAAACAACAUUAACACAAGGGAUGCCGGCCUGGCAACAACAUUAACACAAGGGAUGCCGGCCUGGCAACAACAUUAACACAAGGGAUGCCGGCCUGGCAACAACGUUAACACAAGGGCUGCCGGCCUGGAAACAACGUUAAACGUUAACAAGAGGGCUGUCGGCCUUGGAAACAACGUUAACACAAGGGCUGCCGGCCUGGAAACAACGUUAACACAAAGGAUGCCGGCCUGGAAACAACAUUAACACAAGGGAUGCCGGCCUGGCAACAACGUUAACACAAGGGCUGCCGGCCUGGCAACAACGUUAACACAAGGGCUGCCGGCCUGGCAAAAACGUUAACAAGAGGGCUGCCAUGGAUCAGAUGUCAACAUGACCGCCAAGUCAAAAACAGGGACCUCGCCGGGUUCCCCGGGAGGUAUAUUACGCCAAAUCAUAGAGUCUACAAGACAGUACAUCAACGCUUUCGACCCGGCAUACCAUGUUUCAACAUAUGCUGAAAGGGCAGCAAUGCGGAUACUGGAGCAGUCAGGGUCCAUCUACAUCACAGGAAAGUCCGGUUCUGGAAAAACUAGAACAGGAAUAUCGAUACUAGCAGCAAUGUCAAACAAGACAAACAGGAUACCAAUGAUCCUUACCUCUGCCAAACAUUGGAACUAUAUUCCGCAGAAGAAAGUCGGCAAGGAAAGGUACAUAAUCAUGAUUGAUGAUAUAUUUGGAUCUUGCAAUUUAGUCAGUGCAAGAGUUGAUGAAUGGUCAAGGCAGUUUGACAUGAUGUGCCCCUCUGUUGAGUCAGGUCAUGUCCUCCUUGUAUUAGUGUCAAGGAGUGGCAUUGGGGCACAUCAAGUUCCGUCUUUAAGAAAAUACAAAAUCAUGCAGAAUACAAGCGUAAUAGACCUGGAUGAAGGGCCGUAUUCCUUGAGAAAUUAUGAAAAGGUAAAAUUGGUCAGGAAGUAUACCAGGGCAACUGGUGCUGAGCAAGAAGACAUACAGAAAAAAGUUGGUCAAUAUACAGCCCUUGGAUUCCCUCAGUGUUGUGCCUUCUUCCAUACAAUCAGGCAUACCCAUGUUAAAGGUAUUGAGUUUUUCAAGAGACCGUAUGAGUUCAUUGCAGAGGAAGUGAAAGUCCUUAAAGAGACUGAUCAUCUAGGAUAUUAUGUUCUGCUGAUAAUUAUCAUGAUGAACAAUAGUCUUGACAGAAAACUCCUUUCCAAUCCCACAGUAGAAUUCAAUCAGUUACGAGAACAUAUAAGAGAUGCUUGCACCUGCUUCACCUCUAAUCCUUCGUGUCAGAAAAUACAAGGAAAGGCCGACUCUCUCUCUGGAACGUAUCUGUCCAACACAAAUCAAAGGUAUACAUUCAGUCAUCAGUCUAUAUUUGAAGCUGUCCUCCUUAAUGCAGCUGAAGAUAACAAAGAACUGUUUCUCCAAUAUUGUCCAAUACAAACACUUCUCGAGUUUGUAUCACUAAAUAAGGAUUGCAGUAACAUUUGUUUGUGCAUAGAAGAGGACGAUUACAACUGUUUGGUUUCUAGAAUUACAGAUAUAAUACUAUCCGAUGGCUGUCAUUCAAUCUUAUCUCAUGCAGCUCUUCGCCAUCCUCGAUUUCUUGAAUAUUUAUCUGAUACAUGGGAUGAGGACACCAUAUUUCAAAUAUCCAACCAUGCUGCCACUCCACAGAAUGUGACGUUGAUCGUGGCUGAUAUGAACAUAUUUAACAUGUUUUCAGACCCAUUGACUUUCUUCGGCUCAAACUUUCUUAACGAAGAAGUCAUAUUCACAUAUAAAUAUGCAGUCUCUUUCUUUAUAAUGCAAAAGCUUUCAGUACUGGUGAAACUUGUCCUACAUAGCAUCGAUAAUCAGAAGGUACACGAAGAAGCGCUGAAUUGUGCUCUGUACAUGCAAGACCGCGUUACAAUUGACUUCCUGCUUGGGCAAAAGGGGACUAUUUCACUUGAUUGCAUGACGAUAAUAUGUUGCAUUCGUGAUGCUGACCAACGUAUAACCAAUGACAUAUGCCGUCACUUUGAGGCUGAACAUGAGUGUCCAUCCAACCCAGAAAAACACCUUUCAUUGGCUGUUCGACAUGGGAACAUCAGGGCUGUGGAGUUUCUUGUCAAGAACAUGUCAGGAUUGCAAAACUGCGGUAAAAUAUAUUUUCGGUGCCUUGAACAGUUGUUGUUUCAGUGUGACAGGGGGUGUAGACAUAUGUCCCCUGUCUCAAGCAGUGCCAUACCAGUGCUUGAACUCAUGACAAUACUAUUGAGCAUACAGACAACGUUUCCUUACCAGAACCUACUACUAUCAGCUUCCGCCCAUGAUACUUCGUUAGCACUUGAAUGUUUGUUAAAUCAUGCAGAAGCAUCAAUGAUAACACCGGAUAUAGAGGAAGUAAUGGAGAAUGCUGCUUUAAAUGGAAUAACUGACAACUUGAAUAUUCUCCUGAAGAAAGAAAUACGUUUCAAAAAGACCAUUUUACUUAAUGCUGCAAAAUCGCAAUAUCAGAGUGGAGAUAAAACAACACUCUUAUUAGAAGCCUUUCGUAAGGCUGCUCAUAGUGAGGAACAGUUGCAAGGAAAUCAAAAACAAAAUGAUAGCAUGUUUGGUGUCAACAUGGAAGAUGAGAAUAAAAACAGUCCUCUUCACUUAGCAGCUUUACGUGGAGAUGCUGACUGUGUUGGAGUCUUGCUGCAGGCUGGUGCUGACAGCAAUCAUAUGAACAAAGAUGGAGUUACACCUUUACAGUGUGCAACCUUAACAGGUAGCACGGAAUGCAUAAGAUGUUUCAUGCAAACAGUAAAGGGUCAAAUUGAAGUUUCUGAUCCAAUUGAGCUUGUUAGUCCUGCUCAUAUAUGGCAUGAUGGGUCAUUAAGGUCCUUCCCUUCAUUGACGACGAGAAGAUUUCUGAUGAAUUCAACUGGAAAUAAACCGAAAGCUCUCUUAGAUCUACUGCUUGGUAAGGCAAUGAGCCUAGAAACUCCAGACGAAGUUGGUAGAACACCCAUGUUUUAUGCCACCUUGUUUUCAGAUCUGCCUUUAGUUAAGCAUUUAUCAAGACUUGGGGCAAGACUGGACGUACAAGACUGCAAUGGGAGGACAGUUCUACACGAGGCAGCAAGGAAUGCGGAUUUUGAAACAUUCAUGUUUUUAUGUGAGAGUGCUGGCGAGAUAGAUGUAAAAACAUUCACUGGUCAGACAGUCGUACAUGAAGCUGCGGAGUCCAGGGACGAUGCUGUAGAGAAACUUAAGUAUCUGCUCAGUGUAAGAAAUGUUUCACUGACUUGCGACGAUGAAGGCAGAUCUCCCUUGUUUAAUGCAGUCCACACAGAUGACAUCGAAGUUGUAGGAUAUCUUGUAACUAAUGGGCUUAGAUGGGACGUUAGUGACAAAUCAGGAAUGAAUCUUUUGCAUGAAUCAUGCCUGCAUGGGAGCAUUGCCAGUUUUCAGUAUUUGCUAACCUUGAAACAAUUGGAUGUUAACGCACAAACAAUGAUCGUUGGAAAUCAUCACGGAAAUACUGCACUACAUUUUGCGAUCUGCAGUACUGCCCUGACAAACAGUGUGAUGGUGGCUGCUCUUAUUGAACAUGGGGCCGAUGUUCAUAUAAGUAAUAGCCUGGGCAGAACACCUUUACAUGAAGCAGCACAGAUAGUGACAUUUAGAAAAUUCAGUCCUAAACAGAGGCAUGAAAUGAUGCUUGAGAAGUCGUUAGGACAAUCAAUUAAACGACAAAACCAAGAUGUAAUUAAACUUGUCCAACUUGUCUUAGACAAAAGCGUUGAUAUAAACAAUGCUGACAAUGCAGGUGACACAGCACUACAUCUCAGUCUGAAGACCUUAGUGAAUUCACAUCUCACAAAGUUGUUGUUAGAUAAGGGGGCUUGUGUGCACGUUAAAGGGUGCCAUGGUGAGACACCACUUCACUGCGCAGUUCGUUGUCGGUGUUCUCCAAGUAUUAUCGAGCUGCUGCUGGAGAAAGGAUCUGAUCCUAAUGCACGAGAUGACCAGGGCAGAACAACUCUCCAUUUGGUAGUGGUAAAUGUCUACACUGAGAUUGUGAAAGUGUUGGUUAAGCAUGGGGUAGAUCUACAGGCCCAGGAUAAAGACGGAAACACGGUGCUGCAUCAUUCUGCUCUCAACGCACCGCGUGGGAGGACAAGGCUGAUGGAAGUUCUGGUGGCCACAGGCGUUAACCCACAUAUUCUAAACAAGGACGGGAAAUCUGCUUAUAACCUAACUAUUUGAUACAAAUAUAUAGGUAACCCUACUCGACAGACAGAAAUUAUUAAUGUGUGAGUUAUAAAUGUGCAAGUUAUAAGUGUGAAGUCACCGUGUCGUCGAAGUAUGGCCAUUGGUAUGGGUUCACCGUCACUUCCUGUCGUCAGAGGCCACGUAGUGGUUUACGUAGUGACUCACAUUAAUUGAACAUGCUGGCCAUGGACAUGCGGACGUGCAUUGUGCUGAGAGUGAGUGAGUGAGUGGG